AUGUUUUCGAAGACUAUGAAUAACAUAAUUUGCUUCGAGUUCAGCUUGUUUGCCGAAACUAGUUCAGAAUUACAUGUCAAAAUUUCCAGCGAACCCAAUUGGAAAAAGUUUGACAAGAGGAUUGCUAUUUCACCACAUCUUGGAAGUCCUGUCAAGCGAGUGGAGCUGUGCGUUUUUAUCAAAGAACUUAGGAGCACCUAUAGCGCUUACGAAUAUCUUACAGAAAGCGCCAUUAGGCAAAAGAGAUAUAGUACUCUUAUGACUGACAUGUUCAAGUGCCUGCCUGAUCUCACUUUUAUUGGUACAGCAACGUCCCCAGAGGUUUGGUCUGCACUCAUACAAGCGCGGCGUAAUGGUCAACUGAAACAUGUGGAACGAAUUCUAGGCCCCUUUAAAAAGAACGAGUUGAACUAUCAUCGUGAUGCGGUCAUGGCAUUUUCAGACACAAUAGUCUCGGUCGAUAUAACUGAUGAUGGUGCGAAAGGAUCUGGAUAUAAUAAAAUAAGAGACUUGUUCGAUGAAGACCAAUAUGAACCUCGUAGAAGAUAUGCAUACAUGUCCGGAAGUGAAGAAGAAUAUGUUCGUCGCAGAAAUGGCGAUUACGUAAGUGAAGACUCUGAUUCGGAUACCAAUACCUAUUCAAAUGGGGAAUACUACGCGUUUCUCAAGGACCUCGAACAUCUAAAGGCUUUGAAGGAAGCGGUGUUGGAAAGGAGCUCUAAAAUUACACUUAAAGAUGUAACAAACGUUGUUGACGUAUGCCCUCACAUAAAGAUGUUGGAUGCAAAAAUGAAUUACUCCUAGAUUCAGCAGUCAAUUGAGCCAGCAAAAAUCGUCAACACUUGUUCCGCAUACUGAUAUAGAAACACUUUGGUUGAAUGAUGCGCCUGUUUCAGAUAAUUUGAUCUUGUACUGUAUCAACAAUUUUCCUCGUUUGAAAGGAGUCAGUAUCGCUUAUGUUCCUGCAAGUAGACC